GAGCUGCCGUGCGCCGAGCGCUCAACCUCGGAGGACUUUGGCCCAGAGUAACCCGGCUCGCGUGAGCUUUCCCCUCUAUUCCGCACCUACCCCCGGCACGCCCUGAGAGCCCGCGGCGGUUGGGCGCUUGCUGCCCGCCCCUCUUCCUCCCUGCUGAGCUUCGGCUCACCCCCUCCCGGCCCCUGCGCGCGGCUCCUCGUCAUGGCGGCCCUCAGCAAGUCCAUCCCUCAUAACUGCUACGAGAUCGGCCACACUUGGCACCCUUCCUGCGGGGUCUCCUUCGUGCAGAUCACCAGGGGCGCCCUGGAGGAGUCCCUGAAGAUCUAUGCCCCCCUGUACUUGAUUGCAGCAAUUCUCCGGAAACGAAAAUUAGAUUAUUAUUUACACAAACUGCUCCCUGAGAUCCUACAAUCUGCUUCAUUUCUGACUGCUAAUGGGGCCUUGUUUAUGGCUUUCUUUUGCAUUUUAAGGAAGAUACUUGGAAAAUUCUACUCAUGGAGUCCCGGCUUUGGUGCCGCUUUACCAGCUUCUUAUGUGGCCAUUCUAAUUGAGAGAAAAAGCAGGAGAGGGCUGCUCACAAUUUAUAUGGCCAACUUGGCCACAGAAACACUAUUUAGAAUGGGUGUAGCAAGAGGAGCCAUCACAACGUUAAGAAAUGGAGAAGUCCUUUUAUUCUGCAUCACAGCUGCCAUGUACAUGUUCUUUUUCAGGUGCAAAGAUGGUUUGAAAGGAUUUACAUUCUCUGCACUUAGGUUCAUUGUUGGGAAGGAAGAAAUUCCCACACAUUCUUAUUCACCAGAGGCGGCAUAUGCAAAAGUGGAACAAAAGACUGAGAAACAUGAGGAAAAACCAAGAGGAACGAAUAUAAUUGCUCUAGUCAGGAAGCUUGUGGAUUCAGUAUGUAAGCAUGGACCAAGGCAUAGAUGUUGCAAACACUAUGAGGAUAAUUGCAUCUCUUAUUGCAUUAAAGGUUUUAUCAGAAUGUUUAGCGUGGGAUACUUGAUCCAGUGCUGCCUCCGGAUUCCCUCUGCAUUUAGGCAUCUGUUUACACAGCCAUCCCGGCUACUUUCUCUCUUCUACAAUAAAGAAAACUUCCAGCUCGGAGCUUUUCUGGGCUCUUUUGUUAGUAUAUACAAGGGUACUAGUUGCUUCCUGCGCUGGGUCAGAAAUCUGGAUGAUGAACUGCAUGCCAUUAUAGCUGGAUUUUUGGCGGGAGUAUCAAUGAUGUUUUAUAAAAGCACAACAAUUUCCAUGUAUUUAGCUUCCAAAUUGGUAGAGACAAUGUAUUUCAAAGGCAUUGAAGCAGGAAAGGUUCCCUAUUUUCCCCAUGCAGACACUAUCAUCUAUUCCAUCUCUACGGCAAUUUGCUUCCAGGCAGCUGUCAUGGAGGUUCAGACCUUGCGACCAUCUUACUGGAAGUUCCUUUUAAGGCUCACCAAGGGCAGAUUUGCCGUCAUGAACCGAAAAGUCCUUGACGUUUUUGGUACUGGUGCAUCUAAACACUUUCAGGACUUCAUCCCUAAGUUGGAUCCAAGAUACACAAUUGUAACACCAGAGUUGCCCAUCGAGUUUUCUUGAAGAUGACUGUAACUUAUUAAUGUGACUUACUUAAUGUUUCAUUAUUUUGUCCUAGAGAGUUAAUUAUGUUGAACACAAAGAAGGGGGCCCGAGCUUGAACGUCAGUGUUAUUUCAAUAAGAGACGCUCUUUUUUUUGUUUUUCUUACCAAUCAGAAAUACAGAAGCUUUUUAGG